AUGAACCCCUCUCAAGUCCAAGGAAAUGUACUAGAGGUGGAUCAAGUAGCAGAAACCCUAGCUAAAGAAUGGAAGGAAGUGGAAUCAGCCCUUUGGAUGAGCAAGGAAAGGAUGGCAGGCACCAGAGGAAUAAUCCCAGAAUACUCCAUUGGGGAAAAAGUCUGGCUAGACACAAAAAAUGUAGAAAUCAGAUCCAAUUCAAACAAACUGGACCCAAAAUGUCUAAGCCCCUUUGAAGCAACCAAGAAAAUCUCUAGCCACACCUACUGCCUAAGGUUACCAGAGACCCUCAAAAUCCACAACAUAUUCUAUGAGGGCUUAUUAUCAAAAUCACAUGAAUCACCAAGUCAACCAUUCCCAGAAAGACCCCCUCCUGAAAUAAUAGAAGGGGAAGAAGAGUACAAAGUGGAACAGAUAAUUGACUCAAAAAGACAAAAAGGGAAAUGGUUUUACCUGAUCAAAUGGAAAGGAUAUGGAGCAGAGGAUAACUCAUGGGAACCUGAGGAGCUACUAGAACAUAGCCAGGAGGAGAUCCAAUGCUUCAACAAGUUGCAACUGAGAAAGGCUUGUGACUCUGCCAAGAGCCUUUAA